CUUCACUUUCUCUUUCUCUCACCCAAACUACUUGAACAAGAGGGAGAGAGAAGAGAAGAUACCCUUAAAGAAAAACAGAGGAUUUACAUUCUCUGUGUUUUGUUUGAUUUAUUUAUCUUUUGCUCUUCGUUGACAAUGUCGGGAAACAAAGAAGAAGAGGAUCCUCGUAUCCAUGGAAUCAAAACUAAGAUCCGUGUCGUUCCAGAUUUUCCCAAGAAAGGAAUAAUGUUUCAGGACAUAACAACAGUGUUGUUGGAUCCGAAAGCCUUCAAAGACACAAUUGAUCUAUUUGUGGAGAGGUACAGAGACAAGAACAUCUCAGUGGUUGCAGGAAUAGAGGCUCGCGGUUUCCUAUUCGGUCCACCAAUCGCGCUAGCCAUUGGAGCAAAAUUCGUCCCUCUUCGGAAACCCAAGAAACUGCCUGGUGAAACAAUAUUUGAGGAAUACGAGUUAGAGUACGGAAAUGACCGUCUAGAGAUGCACAUAGGAGCUGUCGAGGCUGGAGAUCGAGCUUUGGUCGUUGAUGAUCUAAUUGCGACCGGUGGUACACUCUGCGCUGCCAUUAACUUGCUCGAGAGGGUUGGAGCAGAAGUUGUGGAAUGUGCAUGUGUGAUCGAGUUACCCGAAUUAAAGGGAAGGCAGAGACUUAAGGGGAAGCCACUAUGUAUGCUUGUGGAGUACCGAUGAUGAUGAUUUUAGCUUUACUUAUUUGGAUAAAUUAUUCGGUUAAUU